GUGCGUGCAUUGAGGUGCGCCUGCCAGCGUGCGAGAGAGAGUGUGCGAGAGAGAGAGAGCGGGGCAAGCUGGAGAGAGAGAGCGAGCGAGAGAGAGAGAGACAGAGAGCGAGAGAGAGACAGAGAGCCAGCACGACAGCGAGACGGGACGAGCACUGCUGCGUGGAAAGCGUUAACGCUGCCCGACCGCUCAGCACCACGGACAGCGCCCGGUCGCUCAGGCUGUUGCUGUACCGUUCUUAGGCUGCUGCUGCUGCUGCUGUGUAUGGUAACACAGCAUCCUCAUCCUGCUGCCGCUGCUGCUGCUCCUCGUCCCGUUCGCCUUCAGCGUCGUUUGGAAGCUGCUUCUUAGGCAAGAGAAGAGUUUGCAUCACUUGCAAUAGCAUUGUAGGCGAGGAAAACUAUAUUUUGCUAUUUUGUUGUGGUGUGUUUGUGGUGUGUGGUUUUUUCUUCUUCUAUCCCCUCCUUCAAAUUGGAUUUUGUCGGUUGGCUUUUUGUGCUGCGUAUUUGGGGAGAGCCGUGGCUCCGAGAGGUUGUGCCGAAGCGGACUGCCUCCUGCUGACCGUAACCGCCGCCGCUUUCUGCACCCGGCUAAAAUCCGACGUCGCUCAACGCAACUGCAGAUCCCUAAGCCUAAUUAGUACGACCGCAGCAGGAGUAGUAGGAGUAAUACUACGUAUUAUUAUUAUUAUCGGUAGUAUGUUGGUAAAACAUUCCUAGCACUUCCAAGUGAACAGACUCUUCCUCGGUGCAAAUGGCUAGCGCCGUCGAUUAUUUCGAAGAAAUAUUUCACUGACUAAGAUACUUUGCUUGCUAAGGCGAAAAUAUCGUCCGGUGAUUCUGAGCGGAGUUGGAUAUGAUUAUAAUUAUUAUCACUAUCCGAGUAUUUUUUUAAGAAUUGAAUUAACUAUUUUGCUCGCCCUACGAUCGUUCAAUCGUGCAGGCAUCGCGGGUUGCUCCGAUCGCAUCUAUUCGCGUUUGGAUCCGCUGUACCGCUUCUUCAUUCACCACACAAGGAGGACUCUAACACCGCCAAGUCUCUCUCUGACGCGCAUACGUGUCCAUUGAAGGCACGGUUGGCGACGUACGGUGUGAAAGAAGUUCAACAUACAUACAAAGGACGCCUUUCGCUCAAUCACACAACUGCUCCUGUUCCUACCACCACGACCACAACUACGAGACUCAACACCGGGCGUGAGUGAGUGAGCGCAGAGGAGAAAGGAAAAGAGAGCCGAAGAGAGGGGGGGGGGCGGGUGUUGUUGGGGGGGGGGUGUUCGAUUUGCACCGCGGUUGCAUCCCUCCCCUACGUCUGCGCUACGUGGAUGGGAGCCGCACCACUGCGUUUGAAGCCCAUGGCAGAAGCGCUCUGCACCUCCUCGUAAGAAAGAGCCCGCCUCGCGCGUCGGCCGAGUCCCGUGAGUAGUCGCGUGCGGAGUGCGCUGUGGUGGCGUGCGCGCCCGCACUCCCCGCUACAUGUCCACGCGCCUGCGCUGCCAGGGCACGCUGCUGGUGGCACGCGAACAGCAGCAGCAGCAGCCGUCGUCGUCGCUGGCGAGAAGCCUUCGAGCCACCCCGAGUCGUCUCUGCGGUGGAGGAACCCGCGACGCGGCGUCCUUCGAGGAUGGGAGGGCCGUCGAUGGGCAAGCGGAGGCCGUUCACCGACGCCUUGCUCCUCUCUCUGCUCGGGUUGAUCUGCCUGCAGCUUGCGCCAGCGUCCGCGCGGGUCCGAGCUCCAACAGGGCCGAUGCGAAUGGGCACGUGCGAGGUUCUGAAAGCGCACCGCUGCUGCAACAAGAACAAGAUCGAGGAGCGCUCGCAGACGGUCAAGUGCUCGUGCCUGCCCGGCCAGGUGGCCGGCACCACGCGCACGCGCCCGGGCUGCGUCGACGCGUACAUCGUGAUGGAGAAGUGGUGGUGUCACAUGCAGCCGUGCAACGACGGGGAGGAGUGCAAGGUGCUUCCGGACCGCACCGGCUGGAGCUGCUCCUCCGGCAACAAAGUGAAAACCACCAAGGUCACCCAAUAGUGGUCAAGAAGUGGAUGAGAGGAUGAUGAGCGGGACUCAUAAUUCUCGGACAAAUCCCGCUGGGGGUGGAGGAGGGGGGGGUGGUGCAAUCGCACGUGACGUCGGGAGCAGAGGCGACGACGCGGAGCGGUUGGAGGGCGAACGCAGCGGGAGACGCGGGGACUCUUUGGGAGGUCACAGUAGCGGCAGCGGCGGCGGGCAGCGGCGGCAGCAGCGACGACGGCGCAGACGGGAGCGACCCUGAGAUGGCAACGCGCGGAUGUGUCCCCCGUGAAUAUCGGGAGUGGAAAUAUUUCCGAGUGUCACGAGAACUUGUGCGUGUGAUCCUAAACUGAGAAGACUUGCCUUGGCGUCGGCCUGCAACGAAUACGUGUUCAACAAUGCACGAUAUUACAUUUCAGCCGGAAUGUUCGACGACGCCACAAGUGAUUUUUUUUAAAUUUAGUUUUUUUCCCCUGCAAAGAAAUUAUUGAAUCGUUUUUUUUUUUUGGAAUCCGUUUAAAGAAAAAAUCACGUUCAGCUUACUUUUAUUUUGUUCGUCUGCACAUUGGGCUGUCUUCAACUUCGUAUUCGUUUUUGCGGCAAGCUUCAGGAUGUUUGCUUUGGGUGAGACGUUUCUCCGGACAAAACGCUAUGAAAUGUAAGAAGAGGGGGGGGGGGGAACUACGUGAAAAACGAAAGAAAUACGUACAAAGUGCAUAGGAUUGAAAUGUCACAAUUUUUUGUUUGUUUUUAAUAAUCAUGUAGAAUAGUAGAAAUUUAAAUAAAUACUGCUGCUUUGGCAUUAUUAUUCAAUUUAGCUUUUUCAGGUUUAGCGGACUGGAAAUGUGUACCCAUUUGGAUACGGGGGAAGUUCCGCUUACAAAAGUGAAGAUGUGUUAAGUGAUAUUUAUUUUUUAUGGUAAUAAUUACCAAUAACGGGCAAUUAAAACAUGCAGUAUGGUCAUGGGAAUUCUGAGUCAAAUAUUAGAUACGUUUCAAAUGUUUUAAUGAGUAUAUCUGGAGCUUGACUAGUGAUGAAAACAUUGCAUUUAAGUUAUUAUCUGCAAUGUAUGGUAGAAAGAUUAAGUUUAAUUGCCAUUGCAGUGGUUGUACAUUUGUCGUUGAAGACUAUGGAUGCUUUCUAAAAUUCGAGUAAUUUAGUUUGUAAAAUUAAAACCUACGAGCGAUCUCAUAUAAUUGGGCAACGAUUAUUUUCCAGAUAAAAGGCGAAUUUAAAUCUCCAACCAGCUGUUAAUUUCGAAGUUACGUACAAUUUAAUUUUCUGCAAGUUGUGUGACAAGGCUAUAUGGAAAGGCAAAACAAGCUGGCGAAAUGAAUAUCAAUAUCUUACACUCGUCAUACUUGUGCUCAUUUUAUAAUUAAUGCCAAAAUCUUUACAUUAAGAUAUAUAACGAAUAAACUACAUAUGUUAGUUAUCGUUUCAGCCAGGCAUUGAAUGGACGUUCUUUGUUAGAACAGAAAAGUUCCGUCGCGCCUGAGAAAAGGUUAUUAUGAUUAUUAUCUUCAAAUUGUUCUUGUAAAUAUCAUACCCAUUAAAGGAAUCUCAAAAGCA